CGUCAAAAGCACCACCUACAGACGCCUGGCCUGCAACAGUUGGGAGUGAAUAGUGUUAGCCUGACUUUCCUGGACUAUGAAACUGGCAGUGUUUGGGGCCACUGGCUCUACAGGAGUGGAGCUUGUAAAACAAGCACUUGCCCAAGGUCAUGACGUCACUGCCCUGGUGAGAGACCCUGACAAGAUGGCGGGACUGGUAUCAAAUAAGGACCUCAAGAUUGAGAAGAUAGACCUUUCCUCUGCUGAUACUGUAGAGCCACAUCUGCAUGGGAAAGAUGCCGUCAUUUCCUGACUGGGAAGUUAUAGCUGGUUUGGAUCCGUCACGCUUUACACAGACUCCAUGGGCGUCAUUGUCACUGCUAUGAGGAAUAACAACGUCAAACGUCUGGUGUGUAUAACAUCCUGGUACACCACAGAUACACCAUUAGAUCCGGCACCUUUCCUAAUCCGCUGGAUUAUCAAUCCGUUUUUCCUGGGACGGGUUCUGACAAACAUGGCACAGAUGGAAGAGUUUCUUCAGGGAUGUGAAGACAUCGACUUUACCGUUGUCAGACCGCCAAUGUUAACAACGGGACCAGUCACAG